AUGACUGCAGCUAGUGGAAGAACGAGAAAAGAUGCACCUCUAUCUCCGUCUCGUUUCGCAUUCGGUGGUAAAACAAAACCUCUAUCUGAAUUGAUGUUCAAGAAAUACGAUGUAGAUAACAAUGGAUCGAUUUCUUGCAAUGAACUUCGUUCUCUGUGCUAUGAUCUGGGUUAUUACCUUUCCGAUGAUGAAAUAGCUUGGGCAUGGACAGUAAUGGAUAAAGAUGGCAGCGGAACGAUUGAUUAUAAUGAGUUCACUGAAUGGUGGAGGACAUCAUCUCGUUUCGAAUAUUUGAAAAUGCCGAACGAGCAACAAGCACAUCUUCUUGGUCGAGUGAUCGAAAUUUUUCGUUCAUACGAUAAAACCAAUACAGGGACUCUCGAUCGAGCUCAAUUCACUGCUAUGAUACAGGAUCUCGUUGAAGAAGGUAUUCUAAAUGGUAGCGGACAUCUAGCAUGUGAAUUUGAUGAAAUCGAUCGUAGUCAUGAUGAACGAAUCAAUAUUAAUGAGUUAAUCGCCUGGUUAAUAAACAUUCGUGUACUUGGCAAUGACACUAUUGAAAAAUCUUAG